CAUAAAGCUCUGGUAUCGGAUGUAUCGAUGUUUCGGUAUCGAUCACACGUCACUACUAACCGCCUUCUUCAACAUGGCGCCGAUGUUGGCACCGCUGAAAUGCGGCUUUCACUUUCAAAGGCGAAAAUUGGCGCUUAUCAUCCGACAGACGAGUUCGCAUCACGUUUGGAAUAAAAGUCGAAUUGACCACGGGACGGACCAUAAACGCCAAAGUACAUAUGUGUUAACUUCCCCUCCCCACCUACGGACAGCGACAUGGAGCACAAACGGGAGCGCAAACAGUCGCCAGAUUUUGGAGGCGGCAAAACAUUUGCAGGUGAUGGACAAACGGACAUGUUGGCACGGGCACGCGGGAGGAGGCCUCAGUGCAGAUCCAAAAAAUGUGCUGAAGGAGGUGAAUUCAACCCAGAUCCUGUCGGCGAUGCUGUCUUACGUUUGGCCAAAGGACAGACCAGACCUCCGGGCCCGUGUCGCCAUCUCUCUGGGCUUGUUGGCGGGGGCUAAGAUCACCAAUGUGAUGGUGCCCUUCAUGUUUAAGUAUGCAGUGGACGAGCUUAACCAGAUGUCGGGACACAUGCUGAACCUGAAUGACGCGCCAAGCACUGUGGCUACCAUGGCAACGGCCGUGCUGAUUGGCUAUGGCGCCUCACGGGCUUGUUCGGCCCUCUUCAACGAGCUGAGGAACACUGUGUUCGGCAAGGUGGCCCAGAGCUCCAUCCGACGCAUCGCCAAGAACGUCUUCCUCCACUUGCACAAUCUGGAUCUAGGCUUCCAUCUCAGCCGGCAGACGGGGGCGCUGUCCAAGGCCAUCGACCGCGGCACACGGGGCAUCUCCUUCGUCCUCAGCGCUCUCGUCUUCAAUCUAGGACCCACGGUCUUCGAGAUGGCCCUCGUCAGUGCUAUUUUGUAUUACAAGUGUGGAGGACAGUUUGCAGCAGUGGCCUUGGGCACCUUGUCAACAUACGCACUCUUCACGAUUCUCGUCACUCAGUGGAGGACCCGUUUCCGGAUAGAAAUGAACAAAGCAGACAAUGAUGCAGGCAAUGCGGCUAUUGACUCGCUGCUCAACUAUGAAACCGUUAAGUACUUCAACAAUGAGAAGUAUGAGGCUAAAAGGUAUGAUUCGUUCCUGAAGAUCUAUGAGUCGUCCUCUCUAAAAACCACGUCCACGCUCGCCAUGCUCAACUUCGGCCAGAGCGCCAUCUUCAGCGUCGGCCUCACCGGCAUCAUGUUGCUGGCCAGCAAGGGCAUUACAGCAGGUACAAUGACCGUAGGAGACCUGGUUAUGGUGAACGGCCUCCUCUUUCAGCUGUCCCUCCCUCUCAACUUCCUGGGCACCGUGUACAGGGAGACCAGACAGGCCCUGAUCGACAUGCACACUCUCUUCACCCUCCUCAACGUCGACACCAAAAUCAAGGAGAGGGACCUGGCCCCACCAUUAACCGUCACACCGCAGGAGGCCACCAUCCGCUUCGAGGACGUCUAUUUCGAAUACCUCGAGGGACAGAAGGUCUUAAACGGAGUGUCCUUCGAGGUGCCUGCAGGAAAGAAAGUGGCAGUGGUCGGCGGCAGCGGGUCCGGGAAGAGCACCAUUGUGCGGCUGUUGUUCCGCUUCUUCGAGCCCCAGCGGGGGAACAUCUACGUGGCGGGGCAGAAUAUCCGAGACGUCAGCCUUGACAGCCUGAGGAAGACUUUGGGGGUUGUACCUCAGGAUGCUGUUUUGUUCCACAACACCAUCUUCUACAACCUGCAGUACGGGAACAUCAACGCUACACCAGAGGAGGUCUACCAAGUGGCGCGUCUAGCGGGCAUCCAUGACGCUAUCCUCAGGAUGCCCCAUGGCUAUGACACCCAGGUUGGGGAGCGAGGCCUCAAGCUGUCAGGAGGGGAGAAGCAACGCGUCGCCAUCGCCCGCGCUAUCCUGAAGAAUACGCCCAUCCUGCUGUACGACGAAGCCACAUCCUCCCUCGACUCCAUCACCGAAGAGAACAUCCUGAGUUCAAUGAGGGGGAUGGUGAAGGACAGGACAUCAGUGUUCAUCGCCCACAGGCUUUCUACCAUCGUAGAUGCAGAUGAAAUCAUAGUGCUCAGUGAGGGUAAAGUGGCAGAGCGAGGCACCCACCACGCCCUCCUCGGCACCCCGGGCAGCUUGUACGCGGACCUCUGGAACACCCAGAACAACAGAGUCCUCAACAGCGGCAAGAACCCGCCCGAGCCGCCGGCUGAGCGUCUGUCCCAGAAGGAGGAGGAGAGGAAGAAAUUGCAGGAGGAGAUCCUCAACAGUGUGAAGGGCUGCGGGAACUGCUCCUGUUGAGAGAAGCUGCCACCUCCAUGUUUCCUCAUCCCUCACAGAUGGCCUACGCUGGAAUCCCUGGUCCGCGCGGUAAUGGGGGGGGGGGGUGCAUUCCCACCGCCAAACCCAGCCAAACCUCCACGCACGUCACUGCCUCUCCUCCUCCUCUUCAUGUGAAUAAAGGCCACCGCUCGCCAAAAUGAAGGAGGAGGAGGAGGAGGAGGAGCAGAACAGGGAGCAAGUGUGUUUAGCGCUGGCUGGUGUCCAGAGAUAGAGCUUAUAUGCCAGUUGUCUCCGCUGAAUGAAAGCAUAAGAGACCUUGUAUAUCACAUACGUGUGUGUAAGACAUCUGUUAGUCAACAUGGUUGCCCCCUCCUCAUUUUUGACAUCAGGACAUCAGGAUCACUGGAAACAGAUGAGACAGAAGAUCUAAGGACUUACAUAUGCCUUGAUGUUGACACAAAAUUUGUAUUGAUUUCAUUUUUUUUUUUAAUUUAUUUACGAAAUAAACUGGACACAUCUUUUUCUUUUUAUAUCAAUGGUGUGUACAUACUUCAGGAUAUCCUGCUAUUGGGAGGAUCACAGUUAAAUCUUCACCUUCUCUGAACGACACUUUUUCUUUUCUUUUUUUUGUAAAGCACGAUAAUGUUUUCAACGUUUGUUCUCAAAUUGUCACAUUUGUUUGAUAAACUAAAGCUUUAUUAAUAUUUCAGGACUCCUCUGUGAAUUCCCAGAAUGUCACAUUCAUAAAUAUAACACUCAGACUUACGGGGAGGAACUCUAAUAAAUCAUGAACGCUUCUCACCUCAACCGGAGCCACAUUAGGAGACAACGACUCUUCCAGUCAAAUCUUUCAGCCUCGGCCGGUGGAGUUCUUCUGAAAAGUUAUCAGUGGAGUUUUAACCGUGCUAACACUGCUUUUUAGAUCAUACGACCAGAGUUUUCCCUCCUGAGAGACACGACUCUGAUAGUAGAUGGAUGUCCUCAUUUUCUGAGGGCUGUUUUGAUGGAGAUAUGCAUAUUUUGUUAUGUACCUUAUGGUAUAUCUAUAAAUGAAAAAAUUAAUGUUUGGGUGUGGAUGCAACGAUCUAAACCUUGUAUUCUGGAGUAUCUUGAUGCGCAAGCACACUUCAAACUAAUAAAUGUUGACUUUCAUCUAAAUAAA